AUGCCUCGUCGAUCGUCUCGGGCCGUUCCCGCAUCAGCGGCAGCUCCAGCGCCAGCACCAAAAAAGCGCGCGUCUGACAGAAUCUCUGCAGCAUCGAAAACCGACUCAAAGAGACAAAAGUACCACACCACAACCGCCAACAAGCCUGUGAAAUCUACAAAUAAAAAGAGCAAGUAUUUUGAAGACGAAGGCGCUGAAGAGUCCGAACUCGACUCCAAUCAUGCAUCGGAGCUAGAAGAUGAAUCCGGCUCGGCAUACGAAGAGGCAAAAUCCACAUCCUCCCAUUCCCUUGGAGCAGACUCUGGAAUAACUGAGGACCCUUCUACAGAUGAGGAGAUAGCGAGGAAGUCCAGGGCUCGAAAGACCGGGGAGAGUGGGCAACAGCCUCAACGACAAGGGAGAAUCAAAAAGGGAAACAUUGAUGGUGGAAAGGACACAUCUGACGAGGAGACGGCGCAUUCUCUGAAAGACAAAGAGUUAUGGAGAGAGGGCGUGAGCACCGGUCUAGGUCCUGGAAAAGAGGUCUUUAUCAAGAAGCCAAAGGCAAGGGCCGCAGGAAAGACUCCGUACCAAGAUCAUACUCUGCAUCCCAACACCAUGCUUUUCUUGCAGGAUCUAGCAAAACACAACGACAGACAAUGGCUCAAAGCACAUGAUGCGGAUUAUCGUGCUUCGAAGAAGGACUGGGAAACCUUUGUGGAGAGCCUCACAGAGAAGAUCUCGGAAGUGGAUGGCACCAUCCCUGAACUGCCUGCAAAAGACCUCGUUUUCCGUAUCCAUAGAGACAUCCGGUUCAGCAAGGAUCCCACUCCCUAUAAGGUCUCGCACGGGCAAGAAAGGGCCGUAUGCCGCCUACUAUGUGCAUCUUCAACCUGGAUCCUGCUUUGUUGUGGACUUUGGAACCCAGGGGCUGAUAAGCUUGCACUUCUUCGAGAGGAAAUUGACCGAAACUCGCAUCGUCUGAAGGCGGUGCUGCAAAGACCGGAUAUGCGCCGCGAAAUUUUGAAAGGUAUACCGGAUGAUGAGAAGAAGUCUGUUCAAGCUUUUGUCAGUCAGAAUAAGGAAAGUGCACUCAAGACGAAGCCUAAGAAUUUUCUGCGCCGUCUUAUGCGUUACCAUGGUUCAACAUCUGCCUACUGGCGGGGUUACGACGUCGAUAACCAGAACAUCGAAUUACUGCGCCUACGCAGCUUUACCAUUGGAAAGCCUCUCGCCGAUUCAGAGCUCAUGGCCUCCAAUGCGCAGGAGAAGAUCGCUGCCAUCAUUGCUGUCAUGGAACCCUUUGUAAGCCCUGUCUAG